UGUAGCACAGAUGUGCAUUGUUGUAUACUUUGUAAAUUCAGGUGCAUUCCUGGUGCCAUAUCUGGUAUUUGUGGUGACCUGUGGCGUACCCCUGUUCCUGCUGGAGACGACUGUAGGCCAGUACACCCAGGAGGGCGGCAUCACCUGCUGGAGGACGCUAUGCCCACUGGCCGAAGGUAUUGGCUAUGGUGGGCAGCUGAUCCUCCUCUACUCCUGUAUGACCUACAUCAUUAUUCUGUCCUGGGCUCUGUUCUACCUGGUGUUCUCCUUCAGCUCACAGCUCCCCUGGGCCAGCUGCAACAACUACUGGAACACAGAUGACUGCGUAGACUUUUCAACACGAAAUAAAACUUCUGAAUGGACCAACCAGACGAACACAACCUCUGCUGCCACAGAGUUCUGGGAACGACGAGUGCUGGCUAUCUCAGGGGGGAUUGAGGAGAUAGGCAGCAUCAGGUGGGAGUUGCUGUUGUGCCUAAUUACAAUGUGGAUCAUCUGCUACUUUUGCAUCUGGAAAGGGGUCAGGUCUACAGGAAAGGUGGUGUAUUUCACUGCUACCUUUCCCUAUGCAAUGUUGGUAAUUCUUUUGAUCCGUGGACUCUCACUUCCUGGUGCUCUACAAGGAAUACAGUUUUAUCUUCUGCCUGAACCCUCACGACUCAAAGACCCCCAGGUUUGGUUGGAGGCUGGGGCUCAGAUCUUCUUCUCAUUCAGUGUGGGUGUGGGCUCUUUAACUGUGCUCGGCAGCUACAACACCUACAACAAUAACUGCUAUAAGGACUGUCUGUGGCUGUGUUUGCUAAACAGUGGUACCAGUGUGGUAGCUGGCUUUGCAGUCUUCUCUGUGCUGGGAUUCAUGUCUCAUGAGCAGGGCGUUCCUAUUGCAGAAGUGGCCGAGUCAGGUCCAGGUUUGGCGUUCAUUGCGUACCCUCAGGCUGUAGCCAUGAUGCCUCUUCCCCAACUGUGGUCCAUCUGUUUCUUUGUCAUGCUCAUUCUCUUGGGUCUGGACACACAAUUUGUUUGCAUGGAGGUUGUGAUGACAUCCAUCAUAGAUAUGUUCCCCAAAGUAAUGCGCAGGGCAGGCCAGCGGGAACGUUUCCUCCUCCUCUUCUGCCUCACAUGCUUCUUCGCUCAGCUCGUCAUGAUCACUGAGGGAGGAAUGUAUGUGUUCCAGAUGUUUGACUACUACGCUUGUAACGGAGGCUGCAUCCUCUUCCUCUGUGUGUUUGAAACUCUGGCACUGGGAUGGAUAUUUGGGGCAGAUCGGUUGUAUGGCAUCAUUAAGGACAUGACAGGUGUGCACGCCAACCCGUUCUUUAAAAUCUGCUGGCUCUACCUCACACCGGCGGUCUCAAUGGGCUCUUUUAUAUGUUCUUUAGUUAAGUACCAACCUUUGACCUUUAAUCGCUGGUAUGUAUACCCAGCCUGGGCGUACGUGUUGGGCUGGGUACUGGCCCUUUCCUCCAUCCUACUUGUACCGGGAUGGGCGCUGUAUAAACUGGGAACUGGGACUGGGGACCUCAGUCAGGUGGGACAACUGUGAAAUUAAUUGUGAUAAUUAAUUCAAGAAUGACAUGGUGUUGAAUAAUGAAUACAUUGAGUAUGUGCCAAUAACAAGCAAAAGAGCAAUGUAUGUCUGUAGUUAAACAGAUUUUAUCACCACACCCACUCUAAAACGCUUCAAGAAGCUCAAGCUUCCUAUAAAAUGUCCGAAAAGAUUCUACAGAUAAAUUACGUUUGACAUCUACGAGUUGUAGUUUUUAGGAUUAUUAUUAUUAUUAUUAUGAGGAUGUUGUAGUGAGGAUCUUUAAAAGUGUGAAAUGUUUAGGUUUAUUAAUCAAUAUAUACAGUACAUAAUGUUGAUUUCCAGAGUACAAACUAUAUUCUGAAGGAUCUAACAGCCAGCAGCCAACACAUACUAUGCAACCACCUCAAAACAACGUGAUAGUUAUUGUUUUACAUAUUUGCUUCAAGUUAUUGGUGAUUAUUUCUCUCAAUUUCUUAGCGUUUUCAUCAUCUGUGCCGACCCGACCCUGACUGCUCACUGACCCAAAAGAGAGAAACUGAGCUGCAGCACAUCGGAGGGGAAGAUCUGC